UAACUUUGCUUUGUGUUACCAGCAAAUUACCACAAUAUUCAGUAUUGUUUCCAGUAAUCUUACAAAUCAGUUACACUUCACUUGAUGUCUUAAUUCUGGCAGAAAAAAAAAUGAAACUAGUAAGACUUCUGCAUAUGCCGUGUGAAGAAAUGAAAGUACUGAGAAAAGAUUUCAUUCUUCAGAAGAGCCAUACAGCAAAACCUUGAAAUGCAAACUGACCCUGAUAUUCCUGACUAUGCCUACAGUGACCCCACUGAGAAACUUAUAUUUUUAUGUGACGACCAUGAUAUCAACAGAUUUGUGAUGAUCUUUGUACCGGCCACAUACUACUUAAUCUUCAUUUUAAGUCUCUUUGGGAAUGGAUUAAUACUGCUGGUCCUACUAAAAUACGAGCAUCUGAAAACUGUGACAAACAUAUUUAUUCUCAACCUGGUUCUCUCAGAUUUGCUAUUUACCACUUCAUUGCCUUUCUGGGCAGUGACUGAAUGGAUUUUUGGAAGUGCCCUAUGCAGAAUAAUGACGGGAAUUUACUUCACAGGAUUGAAUAGUUAUAUCAUAUUUCUUAUGCUGAUGACUGUAGAUCGAUAUUUGGCAAUAGUACAUACUAUCUCCACUGCUAAUGCUAGAAAAGUACGUUAUGCAGUUUUGCUAAGUGUGAUUGUCUGGACUGUAAGUGCAUUGGCUGCAGUCCCUGAGUCAGUUUAUUCAGAGAUUACAUUUGGCGAUGGAGUCAUCCAGUGUAAAGACAUGGACCAUCAGUCAGACUCUGCAGAAGUAUGGAAUCAUAUGGGUAUCUACCUAAACAUCAUGCUGUCCUUCAUCAUGCCAUUUGUUAUUGUUCUUUAUUGUUAUAGCAGGAUAAUAGUCAAAAUUAUUAGGAGCAAUAUUAUUGAAAAGCACAAGGCAGUGAAACACAUUUUUUUCUUAAUGGUGACAUUCUUUGUCAGCUAUGCACCAUAUAGCAUUUUUAUCUUUGUAAUGUCCAUUCAGCAACCGGAAGUAGCAACAGAAGUAAGCUGUGACUACACUCUUCAUUAUAUCUAUUAUAUAUUCCGCACUAUUGCUUACCUGCAUUGUUGUAUCAAUCCUAUAUUUUAUACUUUUCUGGGUACAAAGUUCAGACAACAUUUAUUAACUUUAUUUAAAAAUUGUUUUGUCUUUAUAUUGCCAUGCUGUCGACAGGUCUUCAGAAAUCAGACAAUUGGAAGCAAUCAUCAAUCCAUGAAUUAUGUUGUAUAAAUUAUGAUCACCUUCUUUAUAUGAUCAGUUUUCUCCUCUACCUAAUUUCAGAUUAUAUUAUCUCAAGAUAAUGAAAGCACAGAACAUUAAAUGAGAGUUCAGAAGUAUGCAGAAACUGAGCUAUUGUUUUAUUAUUUAUAAAAGAUUAGGAA